AUGGGACAAUCACUUAAUCCUCUGCGCACUCAUGAUGAGGUGCCCGAUGAUAUCAAGGCAGUUAUUCCGCCUGUUGAGUACCCGGUAGCCCCAGAGGAAAGCCGCCCCCACGACCGUGAGCUUUGCGAGGACUGUAGAGAGUACUUUGGGUGGUUCUGCUCAAGUACGAACUGCGACUGGUGCGGUCGUCAGCUGUGCACUCGGUGCUGCCCCAACCGCCACCUCCUCGGGGGCCAUCCGGGAUGUAAAGAGUGCACGAGGAAAGCGUUUUGCAUCCGCCGCGAGGCGAUGCUCGAGGAUCACCUCAAGAACGCUCGACUACCACUGCAAUACCCACGUGAUAGGAGUGUGGAGGGCGCGUCCAUAUCCACCGCAUCCGGUUCUACAGAGAGAUGCAUCAAUGCGCUUAAGCAGUAG